AUGAAAGCGGUAAAAUAUAUGUCACCUAAGGCAUUGAGUGCUUCUGUCAGGGACAUUGGCUCUGUUGUCAGCAUGGUUGAUAGGUUUGCAGGAUCAGCUCCCGGUAAUGGAUCUAGAGAUGCAGUUGGUGAGGAUUUAGUUGCUAUGACAAAUUAUCGUUUACAGGUAAGAAAUUUCAUGAGCCACGACAGAACUAACAAGACAAGGAAAAUGAAGCGCUACACUAGUACCAUGCCCUUAAAUGUCGUAUCAUCAACUAGUAGUAUUAAUGAUUCGGAAAUAUCAGAACUAGAGUCAACUGCAACAUCUGGUAUCAAGAGGUGUAAGUUAGAGGCAAUUCAUGCUCUUAAAGAUGAAAUUAGGGAAAUAAAUCAGCGCCUUAUUGACACUGUUAUUGAUAUUAGUGAGGAAUCAAGUGUUGUAGCAGCUGCUGCUGAAGGAGAUGAAGGGACCAUUGUCAAGUGCUCUUUCAGCGCUGUGGCACUCAGUCACCAUAAUUGCUUAAUAUGGUUUUUUUUUUGGCAUUUUGAUUCAUAUCUUGUGAAUGAAUUUUCAUAA